AGAACUUGCUACAACUUUAAUAAAGAAUAAAUAGGAAUGUUUUCACUUUAAAAGUUUUUAUUGGCAUAAAAAUCUUCUAUUUUUACUGAGUGUUUAAUCUUUGAUAAGUCGUCUCGAUGGCGUUUGCUUUCAACUAUUUUGCCCAACAAUCAACUGCAGACAUGGAUUCCUUGGCUUCAGUCACAUAUGAGAAUGUUGUUGUAAAUGAGGAUUAUUGGAAAGAAGAGGAAAACAUCUGGGUGUUGGGAUCAAGGUUUCAUCUUCCCCAUGAAAGAGCUUUGUUCCUUGAACAUAUUAAAUCCUUCUUAUGGUUUACAUAUCGGAAAGGUUACACCCCGAUAGGAGGUACAGGUCCCACCUCCGACUCAGGGUGGGGGUGUAUGCUUAGGUGUGGACAAAUGCUACUUGCCAGAGCCUUAGCUGAACUUACAAUGGAUAAAGACUGGAAGUGGACGGAAGACAAACCUCAACCUCCACCUUACAAGAGGAUUCUUCAUCAGUUAUCGGAUGAAAGAUCAAGUUGUUAUUCCAUCCACCAGAUUGCACAGAUGGGCGUAGAAGAAGGGAAGGAAGUGGGACAAUGGUUCGGACCAAAUACAAUAUCUCAAGUGCUGAGGAGGUUAUCCCAGUUUGACCAGGAGAAUGUACUUGCCAUCCAUGUAGCAAUGGAUAACACUGUUUGUAUUGAAGAUAUUGAGAGGUUAUGUAGCACCACACCCACUACACAGUAUGAAGGGGCUUGUUCUUCAACCUGUAAACCUGAUCGUACUAAGUGCAAUGGGGAUUCCCCUAAUGUGUCACCAACCUCAGAUGACUUCUGGCGCCCUCUACUGCUGCUAAUUCCUCUUAGACUAGGACUAUCGGAAAUUAAUCCAGUUUACUUCACGCAUUUAAAGGAAUGUCUUCAUUGGAAGGAAUCUGUUGGAGUUAUCGGUGGAAAACCAAACCAUGCUUAUUAUUUCUUGGGUUGUAGUGAAGACUCCAUGAUAUUUCUUGACCCCCACACAACACAACCUUAUGUGAAACUACCUGAUAUAACUUCCAAUGAAAGAUAUGACGACACCACCUUCCACUGUGAUACUCCAGGGAGAAUGUUGCUCACCAACCUUGACCCUUCACUUGCUCUCGGCUUCAUCUGUACCACUAGAGGGAGCUUCUGUGAUCUUUGUCAUAAAGUUAAACAAAUGGUAAAGACACCAACCUCCUUCCCAUUAUUUGAAGUUGUUGAUCGAAUGCCGCAGUGCCAGGUCGUAGAAUCUCGAGUGCUUGCUGUUAAAUCCCAUAGGAGGAAGGAUCAACCAAUCGAUGAUAACACUUGUCUUACUUUAGACUCUGAUGAUAGUUUAGAAUCCGAAGACGAAUUUGAAAUUCUUGAUUUUCAAUGACACUUUAUGAUGUCAUACCAAAUUUGUGAUGUCAUAGCCUCCAAUGUGAUGUCAUUAUUUCUUAUGCAGUUUUUUGUUCAUAAUAUAACAAAAGAUUCUUGUUAUUUUUUGCUAAUAAUACGAAGUGGCUUUAAGUUAAAAUAUAUUUUAUUCUAUUUUAUGCAACUUGUAAAAUAUUGUUUAUUUUUUAGGUAAAAAUAAGAUACCAUGUUUAUAGUUAAAUUAUAUCUCAUGUUUCACAGCGUUCUUGGUAAACUAAAACAGUGUAAAGAUGAACAAAUAUUUUGUGUUUGAUUUUCAGUUGUAAAAUUACAGUACCUGUCGAUCAUUGAUUCUCGUUUAAACAUAGACUUACCAGUUUUUCCUUAUUUUCCAGACCUUAAAAAUGUGUUAAAAACAGAGUAGAUGUUUUUACACUGCGUCUUUACAAUUUAAACUAAAGUUUAGAACCGCAUUUUGUGAACCAUUUUUUCCGUAUCCCGGGAUGUUUCAAUAAACCUACUAAGGUGCUGAAACUUGAAUAUAAAUGUUGCUUUUAUCACAGCAUGGGUUAGCCGCAAUAUGUGCACAGAAGUUGAUAUGUUUUAGGAGUAUUGUCACACUGUAUGCAAUUAAACAUUAAAUGCCACAGUAGUAUAGUGUAUCAGUUGUUUAUUUCGUAUUAAUAUAUUGAUGCCUUGUAACAUCUUAAA